UCAAGUCAAAAUUUGUGAUUUAUUUUUUUUUUUUUAAUAUAUGAACAAAAAUUAUCUGUUAGUUCUUUUCGGCAUACCCAAAAUUGCAGAUAAAAUGCUCAAUCUCUAGACAUCCAUCGAAAUGAUAUUAAAAAUUCUACGUAAAUACAAUGCACUUCAACAAUUGGCCAGUCAAGGAUCCUCCUCCAGUGGACUAGUACGCCAAUUGCAUGAGAGCAAAUGGGAGCGUCAAAACUCUAUCCAGCAACGGAAGAUUAUACCAAAAUUGGUUUAUCUACAUAAUCCAUGGAAAUAUCUGGUAACCAGAUUUAAUUUAUGGAAACUGAAAUGGCUCUGGGAUCGUGAAUUUAAUGAAACAGAGUUCAUCGAGGGCUCCAAACAGGCGGCCAUUGUGAUGACAGAUAUCAUAAGGCAUCAGAGCACUGAACAAAUCGGUGAAUAUACGACUCCAGUGGGUUUUCAGCAGAUCACCAGGGAUAUGCUAUUAUCACGCAACGAUACUCGUCUGCAGUUGGUGCGUUUCGAGAGGGAACACCUACGUCGUGCCAUACCCAUGAAGGUGGCAACAAGACAGAAUUUCGGCAGAAAAUAUGCAUUCAUCGACAUGUUAUUUGUGGGUCUAAGGAACACCAAAGACUUUGAUUCACCCUCCGAAGUGGUUGAGGUCAAUGAGAUUAUAAGACGCAUGGAUAAUGAGCUAAAGACUCCAUCGGACAUAUUGGCAGUGCCGCAUCGCAUUGUUUUCGCCGAGAUAUUUAUACGGUUUCGUCGUGAUUACUCGGCCAAUAUUGCCAAUCAGUCUAAGGACACCUCUCCAUUGCAUCCUCCCCCGUUGCAAGACACUCAGAACAAGCCUCAAACACUACAUAAUCCAGCCACAACAGCUUUGCCUCUAACUGGACGCAUCUUGCCGAGAUCAGAUGAUAGUGGUUGGUCCGUAUCGUUCUAUAAAAUUCUUACCUUUGAUGUCCUCAACUACGAUCCGCAGUCGAAGCAACAACAGCAAACAAAUCACAACUAAAGAAAUUGUUUAGGCAAAAUCAAUUCAAUUUUUAAUCUCUUUUUGCUUCGUAAGAAGUCAGGUGAAAAUUGUCGUUGUUGAGGAGGAGAUGAGGAGAAGAGAAGAGAGGGGCAUAUCCAUUGCCAAAGCUCACACCUCUUCUCGUUGGAUGUUGUAAUGGGAAUCACAUUACACGAUUUUGAUCUUGUUAGUGGGGCCCUCCACAAGCUGUCACAUUACAUUUGUCGUUUAUGGGUCUCUAAUUGGUUUCCAAACAUGGAUCAGGGCUUGGCCUUGGCAUGAGCCAAUCGUUUCCAAAUAAAAAAACAACCUAAAUGAA